CUUCAGCCGGCGGCGCUUGCAAGCGUGGAGAGGAGAACUCCGGCGCGCGCCUCGCCGACGAUCCUGCCUGAAGGCGCUGGAGGCUGUGGAGCUAGCUGGUCAUGGCAGUGGCGGCUGCUGGUACCUUCAGGGUCCUUCUCAGAGCAGCAGGGAAAGACAAUGCUGGCAGGAGGGCGGCGGCGGCGGCGGCUGUGCCUCUUCCUGACCUCUCCGCCGGGCUUUCUCUUGGCAGCGGCGGCUUAAAAGCGAAGCCUUACUGCACGCUGUCUCCGCAGCAGCAGCAACAGCAGCCCUCCGCCCCGCCUCCGGAUAUGAAGAGCUACCUGUGGAAAAGCUACAACGAGGCCAAAAGAGUCACCAAAGACUUAGUCCCUUCAAUCAUGAGUAAUUUGUUGAAUCCGGAUGCUAUCUUUUCCAACAAUGAAAUGAGUCUCUCAGAUAUAGAAAUCUACGGCUUUGAUUAUGACUACACUUUGGUUUUCUAUUCCAAGCAUUUGCAUACGUUGAUUUUUAAUGCUGCCCGGGACCUUUUGAUCAAUGAACAUCGGAGUUCACAAGGUCAAACCAUGAAACAGUUCAUGGACAUCUUUUCCUUGCCUGAGAUGACUCUCCUGUCUUGUGUGAACGAGUAUUUUCUGAAGAACAAUAUUGACUAUGAGCCAGUUCAUCUCUACAAAGAUGUGAAGGAUUCAAUCAGAGAUGUACACAUCAAAGGGAUAAUGUAUCGUGCAAUUGAAGCAGAUAUUGAGAAAUACAUUUGUUAUGCUGAGCAGACACGUGCUGUGUUGGCAAAGCUGGCAGCUCAUGGAAAGAAGAUGUUCCUGAUCACAAAUAGUCCUAGCAGCUUUGUGGACAGAGGCAUGAAAUUCAUAGUUGGAAAAGAUUGGAGAGAUCUCUUUGAUGUAGUCAUUGUCCAGGCCGAGAAGCCAAAUUUUUUCAAUGAUAAGAGAAGACCUUUCCGCAAAGUGACUGAAAGGGGUGUUUUGCUUUGGGACAAAAUUCAUGAAUUGCAGAAAGGCCAGAUUUACAAGCAGGGUAACUUGUAUGAAUUUCUGAAACUGACUGGUUGGCGAGGUUCCAAAGUCUUAUAUUUUGGUGAUCAUAUUUACAGUGAUCUAGCUGAUUUGACCUUAAAACACGGCUGGCGUACAGGAGCAAUUAUUCCAGAAUUACGAAGAGAGAUUAAGAUCAUGAAUACAGAGCAAUAUAUUCAGACUAUGACUUGGCUGCAAACUCUCACUGGAUUACUGGAACACAUGCAGAUUCACAAGAAUCCUGACUGCCAAAUGAUAUUAAAUGAAUGGAAAAAAGAAAGAAAGGAAAUGCGAGAAAUGACCAGGAAUUUCUUCAACUCUCAGUUUGGAAGCUUAUUCAGGACUGACCAAAACCCCACCUAUUUCUUAAGGCGUUUGUCUCGUUUUGCUGAUAUCUACAUGGCAUCAUUGAGUUGCCUGUUGAACUAUGACCAUGAUUACACAUUCUAUCCACGAAGGACUCCUUUGCAGCAUGAACUUCCAAUAUGGUCUGACCAGUUGUGCACGGGUACAUUCAGAAUACCAUUUCUCCAGGAGAUGGUUCAGAUCAAAUAACCUCCCCACGUCCCAGUUUUUUUUUGUAAUGUAAUGGUGACCAUAUUACUACGCAGUGGCUUUUUAAAGAAUAUUUAUUGUAAGAGCAAUUUUCUCUGUAGUGACUGGUUCUUGUUGUACAUGCUAUGGAGCAAAUGUGUCUAUCCAGCUGCUCUCUUAUUUUUUUCUAGUGAGAAUGGAUAAAAACUAUGGCAUUAGUUGCAUUAAGAACUAACUGAUUCUUUCCUCCAGUUGAAUAUUUACUGGAAUGGAAAAUUACUUGCACAUAAAUUUACAUAUAGCCCAUAAUAUUUGUCUUAUAUACUCUAACCAAAGGUCAUUACUUGAAAUUUGGGCUUGAUUUAAAUAUUUAUUCAGCUAAAAGCACAGCAACUAUUAUACUUUAUAAGGAAUGUAAAAUCUCAUCAAGAUUUCAAAUCCAUGCAGGGCUGGGUAUCUGUUAUUUUUUUAAUCAGAAUAUUAGAAAGUAAUUUUUAGUGGAUGAGAGAUUUAACUCCAUAGAACACUCAGUCAUUUUUUCCCCACAGACUUGUAUUUUCCUUAGGCAGCCAGAAAAAGCUGUAAUUAGAACACAAUAUUGCAUUGCUUGCAUUGAACCAAUCAAAGUUUUCAUUAUAGAGAUUUCCAGCCAAUUGAAAUUGACAGGACAGUUAGUAAAAUUGGCAGUAGAAACACUACAAUAGCACAAGUGUAGAAACAGAAUAAUACAUCUACUAAAGUGUGUUCAAUGUGAACAUUUUUAUAAUAUAACAGCUCUGUACAAAGAAUUAAUAGUGGAUACU